AGGUUUCGUCAUCUCCCUCAAAAAAAGAAUUUAAAAUUUCCAAAAUGGAGAAACGAGGUUAAGAAACUUUCAAGUAGUAGUAGCUAAUUGUUGAAUACACGUUCUCCUAAGCCUUCAUCAUUCAUUCAUAUAUAACACCGAAAACUUACAUCGUAGGCAAUUAUUAUUUACCCUUUUCUUAAACUAUACCAUGAUUUCUUUUCUCGCUUGUUUCUCUGCAUCAACCACCGAACAAGAUUAUCCAGAGGAAGAGAGUGAUGGAAGCUUUCGUGUGUUCACUUAUAACCAAUUGAGAUCAGCCACUGCUAAUUUCAGUGACAAGAUUGGAGAAGGUGGUUUUGGCUCUGUCUACAAGGGAAGGCUUAGGGAUGGAGCUUUUGUGGCGGUGAAAGUGAUUUCAGUUGAGGUAGAAUCCAUGCGUGGAGAGAGGGAAUUUGUGGCGGAAUUGGCAACGAUGGCGAAUAUCAAGCACCAAAACCUGGCCAUUCUUAGAGGGUGUUGUGUGGAAGGAGCACACAGAUAUUUGGUCUAUGAAUACAUGGAGAACAAAACCCUCCACCAUACUUUCCUAGGUUCUGAGGAUAGAAGAAUGAAAUUCAGCUGGGAAGCAAGGAAAAACAUAUCCAUUGGUGUGGCUAGAGGCUUUGUCUUUCUCCAUGAGGAGCUGAGGCCUCAUAUUGUGCACAGAGACAUCAAAGCAGAUAAUAUACUUCUUGAUAAGAAUUUCACACCAAGAGUUUCAGACUUUGGUCUGGCAAAAUUGCUGAGAGAUGAAGCAUCUUACAUCAGUACUAGAGUUGCAGGGACAUUGGGUUAUCUAGCUCCAGAGUAUGCUAGUUCAGGAAAGUUGACAAGAAAAUCAGAUGUUUAUAGCUUUGGGGUAUUGCUUUUACAAAUUGUCACUGGCCAAGCAGUUGUAGAUGCCUAUCAAGAUGAUGAACGUUUCAUUGUAGAGAAGGCUUGGACAGCUUAUGAAGCCAACAAUCUAUUUAGUGUGGUGGAUCCAGUGCUUGAUUCGAGCGUUCCCGUGGAAGAGGCCAUAAAAUUUCUCAAAGUUGGUUUGCUUUGUGUGCAGCAAAACGCCAAGCUUCGGCCGCGAAUGUCAGAGGUUGUAGAGAAGCUGACAGUUAAUGUUGAUAUGAAAGAUGUUUCAAUUUCAAAACCUGGGUUUGUUGCUGAUCUCAGGAACAUUAGAAUCAAGCAAGAAGUAGCCAUGAACUCAUUAAGUCCUUCUGGAACAUCCUUUGCAAGCUCCAUUUGGAGUAUGGCCAGUAGUCUUGCUCGUUAAUUAGAUUCACCAUUCAUUUGUUUAGGAAAUUAGGAAAGGGAUCAUGCCAAAUUUUGUUGUAUAGCAUUGCUUGAUUGAGUUUUGUUGAAAUGUUUAUAAUCCUGUUUUGUUCUUUGGCUGUAUAUCAUGCAAUGUAGGUUGAUUAAAUUUGUUUCUUUUUUUAA